AUGGCGAUGCGCAGGCAUUUGGAGACAACAGAUUUUUCCGGCUACACGCGUGUGUUGGCACGCCGACGCUCUGUAAUUCCACUACAGUUGGUCAAAAAGAUGGGUGAAAGUAAGAGCGAUACGACUGGCGGACGUGGCAAUGGGCGUCGACUGAGGAAGGCAACGCUGACAUGCAUGAGGUGUCGGCUGAGUAUGUUGGAUUGGCCUUACUGUGGAAUGACGGGGGAACCACAUAGAAUGGAGGAGGUGGCACCGAUCUGCGGCUAA